CUACCAAACUAUCAAACAUAUACGAGUUACCUACUGGACUGCCCCUGAGGUUUUUUUGCUGAAGGUCUUAAUUCAUUUAGCCAAUAUCACGUGAUAUAAUGUAAUCUACAUCCUUGGGAAAGUCAGCGAGCAGCUCGACUUAACCUUACUUUUACUUCUUCAACUAAAAUCUAACUCUCGAUUUGACGCAGCCACGGGCUAAAUAUCCAAACAUCCCAUCUCUCCUUUACGAUAUUUCCCCCACAAUGCCUUCUGGCUCUAGAAAACGCGCUUCAGAUGUGAGCGAUGACUUCAUUGUUGAUGACGAACCUCGUCUCAAGAAGUCUAAGCCCAAUGCUAUCAAAAGCGCAAACUCCGUCCAUGCCGACAAAUCCUCUGCGGGAGUGACGCGCAAAGUUGAUACGAAUGGAGAUAAUUAUUGGGACAUCGCAAAGAUGCGUCGAGUUACUAUUUCAUCAUUUCGAGGGAAAACCUUGGUGAAUAUCCGAGAAUACUACGAGAAGGACGGCCAGGAGCUUCCUGGGAAGAAGGGCAUUUCUUUGCCUAUCGAUCAGUUUUCCACCCUCUUGACUUUGCUUCCUGAGAUUGAAAGUGCCCUGAAAGAAGGCGGAGAGUCGAUUCCCCGCCCAAACUAUGCGCAUAAUAGUGGACCUUCUUCAGAGGGUGAUGAUGGAGAUGUUGGUUCUAGUGGUGAACAUUCAGAAACACGCCCCUCGCGAAAGAAUAUUGAUGCCACAAGUGAUGAGGAUGAGAGUGAAGAAUAAUGUUUCCAAAGAAUAUACUUCUCUCAAGUGGUUUGUGUUGUUUCUCUCUUCCCCCUGUUUCUUAUUUUCUGCAUUGGUACUUUUCAGUAUGCAACCCUAGUACACUCUUCUUGCUCUGUUAUAGCAGUAAACUGGUUACACUUAAUUCGACCCGCCACACAUAUUUAUCGGUCCAAAUGUGUAUCUAACUUCCGUAGCCUUUCGACUACCUUUCCGGUUCUUGGAAUGAUGUGGUAGGGUCCUAGGAUUCAAUCUCAGCACACCUGGUAGUUCAAAGCAAGAUG